AUGUUCACCGCAGCAGUAAUUCGUGAGCUCGCCGAUCAACGUGCUUCCAUCAAUCCGCUUUUAGCCGACGGCAAAAAGUUUGCUCAUCCACUCAAACAUCUUGGAAAAACUAUGAAGGAUCUUCCGGUUCUUGCAAUCGACUCUUUCCAACACAUGUACCUUUUCCCGGAUAUGUCACAGCUGACCGUUCCAGGAAAGUUGAGAGAGUUCGUGAUGGACCUCCACUCCGGGAAGCUGCACAAGGAUUUCCAUGAGACUCUUGAUCAGAAAAUGAUCGACCUAGCCAAGUUCAAGGCCGAAAAUGGAAUCACUGACGAAGAUUUGGAGGACAAUCGCGAAGCAGGAGGAAUGCCAGCGGCCAAACCAGGCGACACAACACCGCCACCAUCAGUUUUCAAGCAGCUGAAACCAAGUGAAAAACGAUACUCAUUAUUGCAGAAGACAGAAGUUAUAACGAUUCCAAGCAUAAUGUUGAAUUUCGAUUGUUAUGUGCCAAAAGAUUUUGUUAUGGAAUAG